AUGCUACCUCAACUUCCCACAGAGCUGAUACAGCUAGUUCUUCGGAACUGCGACACAUCAGCCUACUUCCAGGCAGCCUUUUCAAGCCGCAGACUUUAUGAGAUUGCUUCCACCAGCCGAGCAGUCAUCCUUCAUCAGUUACAUAACACUCCUGGUUGGAACAACGGCAUUGAAGCUUAUCAGACUAGGCAUCUGUUUGGUGUGUUAAUGAAACGGUCUUAUGAACAAUUAGAUGGCGCAGAACAUUACGCCCACCCCACCUAUGAGUACCAAAACCGAGUGAUUGACUACCAUGCAUCAACAAUUGAGGCAUCAGAAGACAGCGUUCGAGCACUGCUUGUCUUCAAAGGCCACAGCACUGUCCAUCUGGUUGAAAUGAGCCAUGGAGAUCGGACCGAAGUGCAAUUGAACUCCCCAGGGCAGGAUAUUGGGGAAGUCGAGAUCAUCCAGACUGCCUGCGAUGGAAAUGGCGGAGUCUACGUGCUGCACCGAUUCAAACCAUUCUUAGACCAAGAGCUGGAUACAGACCACCCGUUCGUUAAACACGCUCUAGAAUCUCGCCCCAACGGGAGCAUUCACCUGGCCUACCAUCGCUUGAAUUCCCGGGAAAACACCAUUCGAAUGUAUGACUUUCCCGAAUGCCGAGAUUAUAGACCACUGGCUUUGUCCGUCUCCAACGGCAAAUUUGCCAUAUCAUGGCAAAACACGCUCGACCCCUAUGAUCAUGACGUCGUUCUUUAUACCCAGCUCUACGAUGAAGAAGACGAGGAAGACGAAGAGGACGACAACGAAGAUGAAGAUGGUUCGUGUGAAGGCGUUAUGGAAGAAGGCAAGGGAGAUCCCUGUAAAAUUAUUCAUGCCGCUUUUGAGGCCUACGUUUUGACAAGCUCCAACGAUCAAGACCCAUAUGCCCGUUUCUCUCGGAGAAUAGGCCCUGCGAUGAGGUUGGCUUUCAAUGAUCGAGGGUUUCAGUUGCUCUACCACUACCGAGCUCAAAACAUUUACGGUGCCUUUCAGAGACUUGAUCGCAUCCCUGGCCCCCCAGGCGAGCCAAAGCCCCAUGUUAAUAAGAAUGCAUGCACCGUUCAGUUUUCGCCGUCCCUCUCGCUUCAAUUCUCAAUUGGAAUACCAUUCUUCGGUACCCAUGAGUUCGGUGACAUAUCUCAGGGAGAACAGUGUCAUUGGCAGUACCUCGCCUUCGGAAUUGCCACUCACCGUGUUGAGAAAUGGACUGUGGCAUGCCUCCUGAAGUCCGAAUCAUAUACUGGUCCGCGAUGUACCCAUGUUUUGAAUCUCGACCGCGGAAGGCGUUUCGACGACUGGCAGAUCAUGGCGCAACUGGGGGGAUUCCGGGAAGUGCCGACUUCGCAUGGAUCUCCGGUGGCAACGUCGCGUCGCGGAACUCGUGUUGCUGUCGUUAACUGGAAAACCCUAUAUGUCUGGGCGUUGAACCCCUCGGAAUUGAUCGAAGGCAAUGGCACCGGCUUUUAUCCAUCAUCGUGGGGAUCUUCUACAGGUGUCAUCGAGUUGCGACCAGUCAUCUUCCGGUUAGAGGCCGUUUGCUCUCAAUUGCGUUUCACUGAAAAGGAAAACGAGCUGGUUGCGAUUACCGAUCGUGGAGUGAUGUUCCUGGAUAUCGGUUAUAGUGGGAAAGACAAGCAGCCCGUCAAGAGCCAGGGGCAUGACAAUAGUAUAACAAAUUUGAGGAGCUAG